GACAGGUGUAAAAUUCACUUCCUCUUUGCUGUCAAUAAGAGAUAAUAAGUAUAUUUACGGUGAAAAACAAGAAAAAAACUAUCAAAUUUAAAAUGGGGAAAAAGAAAUCGGUUCAUGAUACAGUUUCAAAGAAUUCGGAAGAUUCAGCCAUGCCUAGCAAACAGAAACUGGAAGCCAAAAAUGGAAAUCAGAAAAAACACAAUACUUCAAAGAAAGACGAAGAAAAGAAAGGAAAAGCACAUUUUUCAGGCACAUACUUGUUUUUCAUUGGCCUAAGUAUUGUCAUAGCAACUGCAGCUAUUAUCCUGACCAACGAAGAUGUUCAACUUUAUCUAGUCAGACUUACAAAGAUGGGGUCAAAUCCCCUGGAAUCCAUUUUACAAGCUGAAGAGCUGAAACAGGACAGUUUUGCGUCUUCAACAGAAGAUACCCAAAAUAUACAAAAUACAAAGGAUUCAAAACCAUCCAAAGACGAUACAUCUGAUCAUAUUCAUGAACAAAAUAGCAAUAAAGCUGAUGAUAGAACACAAGAAACUGAUAAAGGGAAAGAACAAGUUGAAGAGAGUAAACUGGACAAAGAAAAGACGAAAACUAAAAGAAAAGAUUAUGAGAAGUACAGUAUAACAAGCAGAGGGGAUUACAAGUUUAGAAGUAAACUGGAUGCAGCUGAUAAGCUUCUAGAAGAGGGGGAUGUUGAAGGUGCCAUUCAAAAAUUUGACAAGAUUUUACAAAAACACCCAGAAAGUCCUAGAGCUUUGUGGGGAAAAGGUUUAGCUACAGAUAAGUUAGCAGAACAGAAAAGAAGUAACAAACUGUUGGAGGAAGCCAUCAAACUUCUGGACUCGGCAUUAAGGGCGUCAGACACUCCGGAGCAGCUACUUCUGCAAAUAGCAACAAAACUCGCACACAGACAGGCUUUCAGAGGUUGGAAUCAUAAAGAAGCUCAGACAUGGAAGUAUUUGAUCCAGAAGUAUCCAGACAAUCUGGAGUUCCGCAGGAAAUUGGGAGUGAGCUACAUGAUGAUGGGAAAGACGGAAGAAGCUCGGAAAGUGUUUACAGCAAUUCUCGAGAAGUCACCAGAUGAUGGAUUUGCAUUGGUUCAUUUAGGUUUCAUUCUGAAAACUGCUGAUUUGAACUACAAGAAGGCUAUCCCAAUGCUACAGAAAGGAAUUGAUACAGAAGAUCAAGGAACCAAAGAUGGGCGAUUCUUUUAUCACCUUGGUGACGCGUACCUGCGUGUAGGACAGACUGAUAAGGCUAGAGAAGUAUACAGGAGGGGAGCUGAUCUUGGGUUAUUUUUAUCAGAAUACCAGAGGUCACUGUACAACGCAAACACCCCACUUACUGGCCGGCCUUGGUGGACACCAGAACAAACUACGUAUCAGAAAUAUCUUACUAUGUUAGAAAAUAAUUGGGAAACAAUCAGGGAUGAGGGUCUGGCUCAACUUGAUAAGAAAACAGGUGCCUUUCUACCCGAGGAGGAAAAUCUCAGGGAAACAGGAGACUGGAAACAGUUUACACUCUAUCAAAGAGGUCAAAAAGAUGAAAAUAAUUGUAGAAAAGCUCCUAAAACAUGUGCCUUAAUUGAUCAGAUCCCUGAAGCAAAGGGCUGUACGAGGGGUCAGGUGAAGUUCUCUGUGAUGCACCCAGGUGUUCAUGUGUGGCCACAUACAGGACCAACUAACUGCAGAUUAAGGGCUCAUCUUGGACUGAAAAUUCCAGAUGGUCCUAGGAUUAGAGUUGGUAAUGAAACCAGAACAUGGAAGGAGGGGAAAUUUAUUAUCAUCGACGAUUCAUUUGAGCAUGAAGUAUGGCAUGAUGGGACAGAAGUGCGACUCAUUCUCAUUGUAGACUUAUGGCAUCCAGAAAUACCUCAACAUGAGAGAAGAACUUUGUCACCAAUAUAAGAGUCCUGGAUGAAUGUGGCCUACAUGUGAUAAAUUUUAGAUGCUAGUCUUUGAGAUUCCAAAUUAUUUAUGCAUUUGUGAUGGAUUAGAGAUUAAUAGAUAGUUUUCUGAAGGUUAUAAAAGAGAUUGUAAACCAGUCAUAGAAUUCAACAUUUUCAUUGGUCAAUUUUAAAAUUGUGCACAGAAACAAUCAAUCAGAUGCUAACACUUUCAGACUGGUUUAGUAUUCAUCAUCUUUGUAAAAUCUGAGAGUUAAACUUGACUCAUUAACAGCUAAACAUCUGAAAUUUAGGCUUGACUACUUAAGCCCAGAAAAGAAGUAUUCUGUUUUAAAUUGGCAGCUUUGUGUAUUGUGUUCUCAUCUGUUCCAUUAGUAUAUUUAGCAUAUAAACAAAAUUACACUGAAUGGAAAAAUGCAGUCUGGGAUAAAGAUCUUGCAUUUCUGACUUUAAAUGAUUGUAAAAAAUACAUUUUACAUCCUCGGUACAUGUAUAUUCAGUGCCAAAUCAGUUAAUACCAAGGGUUUCAUGUUUGUAGGGAAAUUCUAAAAAGAUAAUACGGUAUGUAGAAGCUCUGCAGUCAUUAUUAAGUUGUUUGUGAAACUUAAGUAUGAUAUAUUAUUUUGAUGGCUUUUGUCAAAAAGCUUGGUUUUUGGAUAAGUCAAGAAAUAAUUGUAGAAAAACUUCAGAGUAUAGCAUACUAUAGCUUUAAAUUUUUAUUUAUAAGCUUUAAUAACAAAGAAUCAGGGACCAAUGUAAAAUUUGCUUUCAAAUUGCUGAUUCUAUAUUGGCUUUAUUGUUCAUUGUUGUACCAUUAAAGAAUAGUUGUUAUUUAUACAUAUUCAGAAAAUUAUGUAUAGACUAUUAAAGGUUAAUACUUGUAAAUUGCUGUAUGUACUUGUAAUUGUUAUUAGAAGAUUGAGUAUAUUAGUCAGCUUAGAUUUUCUAUUGUUAAAUGUUACCUUUUAGUCCCAUCAUUAGGUUUUCAUGUUGCAGUCUAGGGUUAGCGUACAAGAUCUUUUUUUAAUGUAAAUGUAACUUUUGAUAAAAAGCUUAGAACUUUUUUAAAACUGCAGUUGUUCUAGUCAGAUAUACUUUUAAUGUUUUAAGUAUGUCACCAUAUUGUUUAUGUCAUUGAUGUGACAUAUGCUAUAAAUAGAUGUUUUACACAGUUUAUUUUUUACAGAUGCACAAAACCAAGCUGCUGAAAGUGACUUGUUAUUACUGUAAAAUCAUUUACUUUUGCUGGCAUAGAAUUUCAUCACUUUAGCCAAAACCAUGAAUUCAUUUGAUUUAUUUUGUUAGGUUUAACGUCACACCGACACAAUUACAGGUCAUAAAGCGACUUUCCAGCAUUGAUACUGGAGGAAGACCCCUUGUGAUGAAACAAUGCAUGGAGGUACACCUGGGGUCUUCCUCCACCAUCAAAGCUGGAAUGUCACCAUAUGACCUAUGAUUGUGUAGGUGCGACAUUAAACCCAACAAAAUAAAAAUAAAAUUCAUGGUUUGGCUAAAGUGACUGUUUCGUGCAGACAUGACUUUGUGGAUUUUAAAUGUUGUAGAUACAACAAACAAAUGGGAAGUUUAUUUCUUUGUUAGCAUUAAAUCAUAUAGACUCAUGCAAUAAUUUAUUACAUGUGUUUUAGUGAAUUAUCGAAAUGUAAAGCAUAAUUAUUAUGUCUCCCCCAGGAGACAUAUUGUUUUUGCCCUGUCCGUCCGUCCGUCCGUACGUCACACUUCAUUUCCGAGCAAUAACUGGAGAACCAUUUGACCUAGAACCUUCAAACUUCAUAGGGUUGUAGGGCUGCUGGAGUAGACGACCCCUAUUGUUUUUGGGGUCACUCCGUCAAAGGUCAAGGUCACAGGGGCCUGAACAUUGAAAACCAUUUCCGAUCAAUAACUAGAGAACCACUUGACCCAGAAUGUUGAAACUUCAUAGAAUGAUUGGUCAUGAAGAGUAGAUGACCCCUAUUGAUUUUGGGGUCAUUCCGUCAAAGGUCAAGGUCACAGGGGCCUGAACAUUGAAAACCAUUUCCGAUCAAAAACUAGAGAACCACUUGACCCAGAAUGUUGAAACUUCAUAGGAUGAUUGGUCAUGAAGAGUAGAUGACCCCUAUUGAUUUUGGGAUCACUCCGUUAAAGGUCAAGGUCACAGGGGCCUGAACAUUGAAAACCAUUUCCGAUCAAUAACUAGAGAACCACUUGACCCAGAAUGUUGAAACUUCAUAGGAUGAUUGAUCAUGAAGAGUAGAUGACCCCUAUUGAUUUUGGGGUCACUCCGUCAAAGGUCAAGGUCACAGGGGCCUGAACAUUGAAAACCAUUUCCGAUCAAUAACUAGAGAACCACUUGACCCAGAAUGUUGAAACUUCAUAGGAUGAUUGUACAUGCAAAGUAGAUGACCCCUAUCGAUUUUGGGGUCACUCCAUUAAAGGUCAAGGCCACAGGGGCCUGAACAUUGAAAACCAUUUCCGGUCAGUAACUUGAGAACCACUUGACCCAGAAUGUUGAAACUUCAUAGGAUGAUUGGUCAUGCAGAGUAGAUGACCCCUAAAUAUUUAAGGGUCACUCUGUUAAAGGUCAAGGCCACAGGGGCCUGAACAUGGAAAACCAUUUCCAAUCAAUAACUUGAGAACCUCUCGACCCAGAAUGUUGAAACUUCAUAGGAUGAUUGUUCAUGCAGAGUAAAUGACCCCUAUUGUUUUUGGGGUCACUCCGUUAAAGGUCAAGGUCACAGGGGCCUGAACAUUGAUAACCAGUUCCGAUGAAUAAUUUGAGAACCACUUAACCCAGAAUGUUGAAACUUCAUAGGAUGAUUGAACAUGCAGAGUAGAUGACCCCUACUGAUUUUGGGGUCAGUCUAUUAAAGGUCAAGGUCACAGUGGCCUGUUCAUGUAAAAUCAUUUUUUGGAAAUAACUUGAGAACCACUUGACCUACAAUGUUGAAACUUAAUAGGAUGAUUGGACAUUCAGAGUAGAUGACCCCUAUUUAUUUUGAGGUCACUUGAUCAAAGGUCAAGGUCACAAGAGCCUGAACAGUGACUUGAGAACCACUAGGCCAAGAGUGUUGAAAUUUAGCGGGAUGACUGGACAUGCCAAGUAGAUGAUCCCUAUUGCAGCCAACCAUCAGUGUCUCUUUGACUUUCGCUCCUGACCCCUAUUGACUUCUUGCCUAUAGGACUUUGCAUUGGGGGAGACAUGCGCUUUUUUACAAAAGCAUUUUCUAGUUUUGUUUUAGAAUUAAUAUUGUUUUUAGAUUUUUUUUCAAUUAAGGCAUAAUUAGUUAGUGCCAUAAUACAGUCAGUAAGUUAAGCAUCAGUUAAGUAUUGAAAUGUACAUGUACUUGUCCCGAACAGUAUUCAGCAAUAUGUGUCAGAAAUUCAUUCUCACUCACUCACCGCAGCCUUUGAUAUUUAAAACUUGUUGAAAAGAUGUUUUAUGACAGUUUCAUUGAUUAGAAAUUAUUACAAACGUGUCAAAAAUGGACUGUGUAGAAAUUAAGCGAAGUAAUCAUUACGUUUAAGCUUAACCUUUACCCUGCUAAAUUUCUACAUUGGACUGGUCCAUCAUUCAGUUUUGACAAUACUACUUAUUAUCUGAAGGGGUGUUCAUUGAAUUUUACUGACUGAACUGCGAACAGUGCAGGCUGAUCUUGGUCUGCACUGGUCGCAAAGGCAGAAUCACUUGCCACCAGCAGGCUAAAGGUUAAAUUAUUGAAUUCCAUCACAAAUGUGAAUGAUUUUUAGCUUGACUAUACGAAGUAUAAGGAGAGCUAUCCUACUCAUCCGGGCAUCGGCGUUGGCGUCAUUCCGCAUCCCCACCUUGGUUAAAGUUUUUUUACGCUUUCUCUUUUUUCUCCUUAUCUCUGUAAUUACUUGAUGGAUUUGUUUCAAACUUAAAAUAGUUAUUCCCCAUUAUCACCCACAUCAUAUGGCACAAGGGCCAUACCUCUCACACCAAUAUUUCAUGAAUUAUCCCCCUUUUUACUUAGAAUUUCAGGUUAAAGUUUUUAUGCACUUUCACUCUAUCUCAGUUAUUCCUAAAUGGAUUUGAUUCAAGCUAUAAGUAGUUGUUCCACAUCAUAUGACACAAGGCCCAUAACUCUGGUACCAAUAUUUAAUGAAUUAUCCCCAUUUUACUUAGAAUUUCAUGUUUAAGUUUUUAUGCACUUUCACUCUGUCUCAGUUAUUACUAGAUGGAUUUGAUUCAAGCUUAAAAUAGUUGUUCCACCUUAUCACCCACAUCAUAUGACACAAGGCGCAUAACAUAUUAUGCCCCCUUUUACUUAGAAUUUAAGGUUAAUUUUGAUGCAUUUUCACUAUAUCUCAGUUAUUACGAAAUGCAUUUGAUUCAAACUUUAGGUAGUUGUUCCACAUCAUCACCCACAUCAUAUGACACAAGGUGCAUAACUCUUGCAGCAAUAUUUUAUGAAUUAUGCCCCCUUUUUGCUUAGAAUUAUACUUAUAUUGUGUUUUGAUACACCUUAUCUUUACUUCUCUUAUUACUUAAUAUUUUUGACACAGACUCAAGCUAUUAUGCAAUAUCUUCACCCACCAUUGGAGUCAUUAAAGACUCCAGUGACAGCUUCAGUUUACUCAGAUGUGCCCAGUUUCACUAUCCAGCAUCGAAAUAGUCGAGUGCGCUGUCACUUGUGACAGCUUUUGUGAAUGAACCAGAUACAUGCUGUUUGCAGUUGCGUCGAUUUUAUAUCAAUUUUAUAUAUUAUUGUUUCCUGAUUGCUUUUGUUGAGAUUAAAGUCACUCUGACUCAAUGUAGGUCAUAUAGCAACUUUUCUUGCUUUUGUUGUGGAGGGAAAACCCUAGAAUUGACCUAAAUUGUGUCAGUGUACCCCGUAAUUCUAAACUCAACAAAAGAAAGAAAGAAAUCAAUAAUGUUGAGCAUCAAUUUUGUUACAUGUUUUUGUUUAUUUGUUUGUUUCAUUCAGAUAGUUUUGCAACACGUAGGGAUCUCGGCAUGCUUUGCUUCAAAAGCUAACAGUGUCAUGCUAAAAAUAAAACUUGCUGCAUCAUGCAAAUACAAAUGCAUUGAUAAAGAUUAUGAAUUCUUCUCUGGAGUAUCUCCCACCACCUGCUAUUUUUAUCAAUGCUACCAGAUUAGUCCAGAGAUCACUAGAUAAGCGGUUCACUUGUUAUAAGUUAAGUACUUGGGUGAGAUGAUAUGACUGUAGAGAACUUUAAACCAUCUCAGAGAACAUGGCCGCAUAUAAGAAUCUUGAUUAGAAGCCUUGUGGUGUAUCCAUUAAAGUAGCUCUGCUGUCCGAAUUUCGUGAUGCGCCUAGCUUAAAAAGUAUUAGAUAUAAAUUGAUGAAACCUGGCAUGAGUCUUAAUCAUGAUAUGAACUUGCGCAUCUCCUAUUUUUCAUCUGGCUCACCCCCUAUUUCCAGAGUUAUGGCCCCUGAAAUAGUAAAAAAUGCACAUUUCCACCUUGUGACACGCCUAGCUCAAAAAGUAUUUGAUAUAGAUUCAUGAAACCUUGCAUGAGUCUUUAUCAUGAUAUGAACUUGCACACCUCCUAUUUUUCAUGAGUACGCCCCAAUUUCCAGAGUUAUAGCUCCUGAAAUAGUCAAAAAUGCACAUUUUCACCUUGUGACGCGCCUAACUCAAAAAGUAUUGCAUAUGAAUUGCAGGCUGUCUAGCGUCCCUAAAAUUCCUACUUUUUCCUAUUUUUUUUUCAAUUGGCUAAAAUUCCUAUUUUUUUAAAAAAAUCAAAGGAAAUUCCUAAAAAGGCCCUAUUUUUUCACAAAGAUUCCUAAUUUUUUUAACUUUUUUGCAAUGAUCAAAAAGAGAAAAUGUUUUAAAUGUUGUUUAAACGUUCUUCUAAUUCAGAAAAAAACGAUUUAGCACAGUUCAAAACAGUGGAAAGCUAGGAGACGUCUUUUCUGUAAAUAAAGCACUAUUUCUGAGUUACUUUUAUGUCAAUCACAUAAGGUAAUCACAUUACAUGGUCUUUAAAGUCCAUAUUUUGAUUUGAAAAUUCCUAAAUUUAGCCCUAAAAUUUCCUUAAAAUUGUACCAAAUUCCUAAUUUUAGCCCUAUUUUUUUGUACAAAUUGCCCUAAAAUUAGCCCUAUUUUUUUGUCGGGGUAUGCUAGACAGCCUGAAAUUGAUUAAACCUUGCAUGAGUCUUUAUCAUGAUAUGAACUUGGCACACAUUCUAGUUGGAAAUAGUUUGUGAUAAAUUUUGCCAAAAGUAAACAGCAGUAUUAGAAAGUAUGUAACAGAAUAAAAUAUUGCCAAAAUGUGCUAUCAGAACAAUGACUAUGGUCUUUUAUGUUUAGUGCUAUAUGAAACUUGCUAUACAAGUUUAACUUACAUAAUUUUCUAAGGAAAAAAUUUACUAAACUCACGUUAAAUUGGUAGAUGUUUUAAGCACAUGUAUACAGAAUUUUCAGAACAUGUGUCUUAAAAUAUAAUUUCAAAAAUAAGGUCGUCUUUUGUUCAAAUUUGAAUGCAUUGCUUAAAAUAUGAUUUGUUAUUCAAAAAACUUUCAUGUUUACUUUAUUGAUUUUUUUUUAUUCCUUUUUUGCACAUUCCAUAAGAAUUUGCUCAGACCUGGCUUAAAUAUUAGGUGUAGCAUUUUCAUAAAACUGAACUGUUUUUGUGUAUGGUACAUAUUCAAAGCUUACUAAAACUGUUUUGUUCUAAUAAUAUUAGCCAGAAAUACAUGAGGAUUAAUAUUUCUUGCAUACAGAAUGGGACUUUUAAAGUGUUUUCACUGGUGCGGGCAAAACUCAUCAUCACUGCGGCUUGGCAUUACUCAUAUACACAUUUAUUUAAAAAAAAAAGUGUUUAAAAGAAAGUUAUUUGUUUCAUUUUGUUUAUUUCUUCUUUUAUUUGUAAUAUACAGAUGUUGGUUUUCUCAUGGCACAGCUCAUUUAUCCUUGAGCAAAACAUUCCCAUCAACCAGUGAAACAUUCUUAUAUUAUAUAAAAUGUUACAUAUCUAUGCAUUAGCAAUAAUUACAUUGUUUUUUUUACUUCUUUGAGCACAAAUGUUUUACCAGAUUCACAUUGUUGUUUUGAGAAAUAAUGCAUUUCAUGUAUACACUAUAACCGGCAAAUUUUUUUUUUAACUUUACACGUUCUGGUAAUGUGCCAUGACAAGUCAUUUAUUUCAUAUAAAUAUUUUGGAUUUUAUUUUCACCAUUUGACUUAAAAGUAAAAUAGAAGUUUUCUCCAAGCAUAAUACAUUCUUACUGUAUUUAAAUUAUAAUUACACAAGUUCUUAUCGGUCAGAUAAUUAUUAUGUACCUAUGAUAUUGCAGGAUUUUUCUUUGUUCUGUGCAUACUAUUAAGACAGCUACUGAAAAAAAACAGCGAGAGUGGACAAGGUGGUCCAGUGGUAACUCUGUCUGACUAUGAAACCAGGACUUGUGAGUUCAAGCCCUUGCUCCUCCAACUUAAAAUUACUAACACUGGGAAUAAGAGAGGUGUAUUGGUGCUUUACACCUGGCACGUUAAAAAAAUAAGGAAGCUGCUGGUAUUGGAAUGUCUUCUGUAUCUUGCACUAUCCUUGCAACUAACAUUACUAACAGUCUUUUGAAGGAGAUGCCCAUGGGGUUAACGGUGGCAACUAUAAAUAUGCACGAAAAACAGCAAUUCAAACUGAUCAUUGGAUUAUGUUGUGGAAUUGCACUGAAAAACUGGACAAAGUAACUAUAUUGUGUAGCAAAAAUAGCUUGUCAAACUUACUAUAGAAAAGUCAUAUGUUUAUAUUUCAUAUCGUAAAACAGUUAUGAAUCUUGAGCUGUGCAAUAUGAUGUGAUAUUCACCAGAAAACAUAAUAUUGAUCUAUGCUGUAAUAAUUGUAUUAAAGCUUGCAGCCUCUGUAUCGUAAGGUCUCCAGUUUUAGUUUUAACUUUGUUUUAAUAGCUGAUGAACAUGUACAUAUUGUAUAGGAACUGUAGAGGUUAUAUCAUUUUUAUUUUUCCUCAGUCCCUAGGUGUCUGGAAUAUUCUACAUAUUGAGGUUGUAUUUGAUACUUAAUACCAUAAUUUUUUUGUCAUAUUGUAAAAACAGAUAUUUUUGUGAGGUUAACAUUUACCAGAAUGUAAGGUGUUGAUUAUAAAUUUUUAUAAAAAUAUUUUUUCAGAGCCAGUUUUAUAAAUCCGCAAGAGUUAAGAUUUCAGUCUCUAUCCAGGGUGAAAAUGCCAGGCUUUUGAGUUUUUGCAAAAUUUCUGAUUUUACUGUCUCUUUUUUUUAGAACCAUUCUGGUUUUAUUUAUUUCACUGUGUUCUUUUUUAUGUUCCUCUUCAAAGAAGAGGUCAUACUGUAGUAUGCUGGCGGAUCUGACUGACAUGGUCUAUCUGCAGGCCAUUUAAUGUCUGACUAAAUACUUGCGUGUACUGUCAUCAAACUACUUAGGAUGAUUGUUUGUGGUACAAAGAUGACACUCAGUAUUUAUGGGGGUCAGAGGUAAAGUAAGUUCCUUUACUUUGCAUUGACUGAAUUUCUAAAAUUAUCAAAUUGCCAAAAGAAUAACAAAGUUUAAAAUUAUCAGACUAGAUUCCCAAGCUAAAUUCAAUCAGGGAAUAAUGUUUUACAGAAGGCUUUAAUUUUCAGCUUUACAUGUGUUGCUGUUUGUUUUGUGUUUUUGUCUUAUUUCAAUGAUUGUAUGUAUGAUAUAAAACUAUGCACAGAUUGUGUACAUGCUAGAAAUCUUUACCUCUUAGUUGCUUGUUAAUCAAUGUCUUUGUCUACAUGGAAAUGUACCCAGAACUUAUUGAUAUUUUUUAAGACUUUUGUCUUUAAUAUUUCAUGACAGCGCAGGUUAGAAAUCAGUAUAGAUAUGUUCAAGAUAUGUCCUAAUAUAAUAAAUCAGUAAAGCAUG